AUGGCUUACUCUACCCUAGUGUUGGUCUCUUUCCUCGCUUUGCUGGCCGGAUCUGCCCUCGCCCAGGCCCCGGGCUCCUCCCCAUCCAAAUCCCCCGCCGCGUCUCCCAAGGCGGCCGCGCCGUCCCCCUCCGUGAAGGCUCCCGCCCCCGCCCCCGUUACGCUAACCCCGAAGUCUUCUCCAGUCGCCUCGCCGCCUGCUCCUCCCACCGCCCCCGCGCACGCUCCCACUCACGCUCCCGCCCACACGCCCGCCAUUACGCCGUCGUCGAUCUCCGCGCCGAGCGAGUCUCCGUCGUCCACUUCCAAGAGUGCCGCCCCCGCCCUCAACAGAGUCGCCUUCGCCGGAUCCGCCGCUGUCGUGUUCGUCGCGGCGAGUUUGUUGCUCUAG